CCUGCAGACGUUCCUGCUGGACGGCAACUGUCUGUCGGCCCUGCCCGAGGAGCUGGGCUCCCUGCUGAAGCUGAGCUACCUGGGCCUCUCCUUCAACCGCUUCAGCCACGUGCCCCAGGUGCUGGAGCGGCUGGCCUCCAUGGAGAGGCUGUGCAUGGCGGGCAACAGCCUGGACACGCUGGUGCUGCAGAACUUCCGCCUGCUGCGGGUCAAGCACCUGGACCUACGGCUGAACCAGAUCUCCAGCGUGGUGCCGGACGAGCCCGACCUGCUGCGCCACAUCACCCAGCUGGACGUGCGCGACAACGGGCUGACGGAGCUGGACGCCUCGCUGUUCCCCCGGCUGGAGGUGCUCCACUGCGAGAGGAACCGCCUGGCCCGCCUCAGGGUCAAGGGGGCGCUGCUCAAGGCCCUCUACGCCUCCAGCAACGAGCUGCAGCAGCUGGACAUUACUCCAGUGCCAUCCAAUCUGACCUUCAUGGACAUAUCCAGGAACCGUCUGGAGGUGUUACCAGACUGGCUGUGCGAGAGCAAGAAGCUGGAGGUCCUGGAUGUCAGCCACAACCUCAUCACCGAGCUGCCGGCACGGUUGCUGUGCAGCAGCAGCCUGAGGAAGCUGAGCGCGGGACACAACCGGCUGCACAAGCUGCCCGACAGGGUGGAGCGCCCUCUGCUGGAGAUCCUGGACGUGCAGCACAAUCAACUGGUGGAGCUGCCCAGCCACCUGUUCCUCAAAUCAGACAGCCUGCGGUGCCUGAACGCGUCGGCCAAUAAGCUGGAGCUCCUUCCGCCUUCCAGCCUAUCAGAGGAGAGCAACAGUGUUCUCCAGGAGCUGUAUCUCACCAACAACCGGCUGACGGACAAGUGUGUGCCGCUGCUCACGGGCCACACGCACCUCCGCGUGCUUCACAUGGCCUACAACCACCUCCAGACCUUCCCAGCCAGUAAAAUGGCCCGGCUGGAGGAGCUGGAGGAGCUGGAGCUGAGCGGCAACAUGCUGAAGACGGUGCCCACCACCAUCCUGAGCUGCAAGCGCAUGCACACGCUCAUCGCCCACUCCAACUCCCUGGAGGUGUUCCCCGAGGUCAUGCAGCUCCUCGACAUGAAGUGUGUGGACCUGAGCUGUAACGAGCUGAGUGACAUCGCGCUGCCGGAGAACCUGCCCCCCAAGCUGCAGGAGCUGGACCUGACCGGGAACCCCCGCCUCAACCUGGACCACCGCACCCUGGAGCAGCUCAAUAAUAUUCGGUGUUUCCGCAUCGAUCCGCCUCCUACCUUUUCGGCCAAUGAGGCGUCGGCGGGUCCUGUCGUCUGGAGCCAUGGCUACACAGAGGCUUCUGGGGUCAAGAACAAGCUGUGUGUGGCGGCCCUGUCGGUGAGCAGCUUCUGCGGCAGCCGCGAGGCUCUGUACGGUGUGUUCGAGGGCGACCGCAACGUGGAGGUGCCCUACCUGCUGCAGUGCACCAUGAACGACGUGCUGGCCGAGGAGCUGCAGAGGACCAAGAGCGAGGAGGACUACAUGACCAACACCUUCCUGGUGAUGCAGAGGAAGCUGGGCACGGCGGGCCAGAAGCUGGGCGGCUCGGCGGCGCUGUGCCACAUCCGCCACGACCCCACGGAGCCGGGCGGCUGCUUCACGCUCACCGCCGCCAACGUGGGCAAGUGUCGCGCCGUGCUGUGUCGGGACGGCGCGCCUAUGGCGCUGUCGGUGCUGCACAACGUGGGCCUGGAGAAGGAGUACCUCCGCAUCCGCCAGCACAACGCCAUCGUCACCGAGGACAACAAGGUGAACGGCGUGACCGACUCCACGCGCGUCAUGGGCUACUCCUUCCUCUACCCGGCCGUCAUCCCGCGGCCCCACGUGCAGACGGCCACGCUCACGCCCCAGGACGAGUUCUUCAUCCUGGGCAGCCGGGGCCUGUGGGACGCCGUGUCCCCCGAGGAGGCGGUGGAGGCGGUGCGCAACGUGCCCGACGGCCUGGCCGCCGCCAAGAAGCUGUGCACCCUGGCCCAGGGCUACGGCUGCACCGACAGCCUGAGCGCCGUGGUGGUGCAGCUCAGCGUCAGCGAGGACUGCUGCUCCUGCUGCUGCUCCUCCACCACCUCCUCGGACCCCCCGCCGCCGCUGCCGCACCCGCACUACCACUACCACCCGGGGACGCCCGCCUCCUCGGGCGCCGCGGCGGGUGGGGGCGCCGCGGCCGGCAAGGAGCGCCUCCCCCAGCCCCCGGCCUCGUCCUGCAGCGAGCUCAGCAGCGAGGUGAGCGCCAGCGAGAUGAGCAGCGAGGUGGGCUCCACGGCGUCGUCCGACGAGCCGCCGCCGCACCACCCCCCGGCCUCGCUGCCGCUGCUGACGGAGCACGGGGCGGCGCCGCCGCCGCCACCCGGGGGGCCGCAGCACCACCACCACCACGCGCCGCAGGCCGGGCACCUCGCCCUCGCGCCGCACGGACUCACGCUGCCGCCGCCGCCGCACCACCCCCCGCACGCCGCCAGCCCCGGCCAGCACUGCCCCUACCAGGCGGGGGCGGAGCUUAGCUCGGCGCGGGGCUGCUGCGCCCUCCACCCGGCCGAGGGCGGCUCGGCCUCCUCCUCCUCCUUCCAGCGGCAGCUGUCCAGCGCCACCUUCUCCAGCGCGCUGUCCGACAACGGGCUGGACAGCGAGGACGAGGAGCCCAUCGCCGGGGUGUUCUCCAACGGGAGCCGCGUGGAGGUGGAGGCCGACAUCCACUGCCUGAAGGCGGGGCUGGCGUCCUCGCUGCCGGGGCCGCACCACGGCGCGCCGCGGCCCAGCACGCCGCUCCCGGGAGGCCAGGAGGCGGGGGCGCUGCUGCUACUGCCGCCCCCGCACCCCCCGCCCCCGCCCCCCUCCACCCCGGAGCCCGCGGGGGAGGCCGACGGGGGCGGGGCCGAACGGGACGAGCCGUGGGCGGGGGCGGCGGCGGCAGCGGUGGGGGGCGUGACGUGCGACGGCGCCAGGGGGGCGUGGUGGGCGCCGGGGAAGCAGCAGCGGCGGGGCAACGGCUCGGUGGCCCCGCAGGAGAAGAGCCACAACCUGAUCGAGGUGGCGGCCGACGCCCCCUGCAGGAAGCCGGGGGGGUACUUCACGGCGCCGGCGCAGCCCGACCCCGACGACCAGUUCAUCAUCCCCCCCGAGCUGGAGGAGGAGGUGAAGGAGAUCAUGAAGGAGCACCAGCAGAAGCAGCAGAAGCCCCCCGAGAGGACCGAGACGCCCGCCGACUACGACGACACCCCCCUUUGAGGCCGGCAAAUGAGGCCGCAUCGACCGCUCACGCCCAAGCCCCGCCCAACAUCCCCCCCCCCCCCCGUUGUCGCGGUGACCGCUUGCUCUCUCCCCCUCUGCCACUUUUGAGUUAGCAUCGCUAGAAACGCAUCGCAUCGUUAGCAUCGUGUGCUAGCAUUGUUAGCAUCCUUUGCUACCGUCGACAGCAUCGUGUUCUAGCACCGCAUCGUAAGCAUCGUGUGCUAGCACCGUGCCGCCACCAUUGAUACGGAGACCCUAACACAGGCGUGCGGGGAUCGCAUCAUACUUUUCUUUCAUUGCACUGUUCUUUUUCGUCACACUCAUCACAUGCUCGCAGUACGCUACGACAGCACAACCAGCCCACAGCGCCACCUGGUGGCAACGGCAUGCUUAGCAUCGCUCUACUCUCCUCUUUCCCCUGUUGGUAGCAAAUUGUUGGGACAGCAAAAAAAAAAAGCAAACGAGCCCUUUAAACGAUACUUCUUGCAUCCAUUCUGGACCCAUCCAAAGUGGUGCAGUUCUAAGAACGUUGUUUUCUACAUUCAUUCCACCACAGCCACUGGUGUCUCCGCGAUCGUGCUAGCCUGCCACUACGUGUGUUCAUCAUGGAUAACUUUCCAUGUCUGUCGUUUGUUUGUUUUUUAAGAACUGACCAUAUCUUAUAAUGUGAUGUAGGGGAUGUUGCUGGAAGAUGUUUUUAAAACAGAGGUGCGUUGUUAUCAAAAAAUUAAAAUAUAUGUAUACGUAUAAAUAUAUAUUUAUAUAUAUAUAUACACACCAAUAAUACCACGCUUAACUGUUGUAGAUAGGGCACUUUAAAGACUCUAUUUCAUCAGAAAAUCAUGAAUCUUGGCCUGUAAAACGGCAUAGAAUUUUUGUAGAAAUUUAAAGACUAACUCCUAGGAGUUGCAUACUCUUUAUGGUGACUUAGUCACUUUUUUUACUAAUCUUCUCUGAGAGAAAUUGUGAUUGUUUUUUUUGGUUUCGUUUUUUUCAAUUAUUGUAAAUAAGAGAAAUGUUCUAUACUGACACUUUUAGAGGAACUGUCUACCUUCACGUAUGUUGGUGAAUGGUUUUAGCGGUAGGAAGAUUUAUGGUUUAUGUAGUGACUUAAGUGGAGACCAACUUCUCCUUUAUCUUUCAUUCUAGUCCACCAAUGACAAAAACAGACACACACAAACACGCUCAUAUAAAUAUAUAUAUAUAUUUAUAUAUAUAUAUAUUGCCUAAUGCAAAAAGCCCAGACACUACAUAGACUAUAGUAAUUACCAAACCCUAUGGUUUGCUCCCUUUGGUUUGCCCUUUAGCCAUCACUUUGACCAAUCACAGGUUUGUUUAGGCAUUAGCAUGCACACACACAUAAACACACAAGCACACACACACACACACACACACACACACACACACACACACACACACACACACACACACACACACACACACACACACACACACACACACACACACACACACAAAGAGUUUUGAGUGCCACUGUUCUCUUGCUGUAACUGUUAUCACCGGCAUGACUGUGUCAAGUGAAACAAACCAAUAUAUCCACAUGGAAAACCAACCACAGAGCUCCUGUCUUUGGUCAAAUAAAUCCUACAUUUGUGAAUAUAA